AUGGAUGAAAAACUUCGAAGCGGAGAGGAAAUUUCACCGGCACUUGUCAAAGCCAUUGAAGAGUUAAAGAUUUCGAUCAUUGUACUCUCUAAAAACUACACAUCAUCCCGAUGGUGCUUGGACAGGCUGAUGAGGAUCCUCGAGUGUAGAAAGACAAGGGAGAUACUAGUUCUACCAUUGUUCUAUGACGUAAAUCCUUCGGAAGUACAGCAUCAAACCAAUAGGGUUGGAGAAGCAUUCAUUGAACUUGCAAAAAGGUUCAACGAUGAUGAAAUGAAGGUGGAGGGGUGGAAGAGAGCCUUAAAAGAAGUGGCCAAUUUAUCCAGGAUGUAUUUGGGAAACAGGCAAGCUAGUUUGGUGGUGGAGAUGGAGAAGUUGCAGCUGCGGAGUCGAUUUUAA